ACUGCUAAGAGCUGAUUACAUACAGAAAAAACAAGAAAAAAAAAAUGGAGAGCAUUGCUAAGAGAUGGAGAGUUUUGAGCGGAAGUGAGAACUGGGAAGGGUUACUGGACCCUUUGGAUUCUGAUCUUCGGCGCUACCUCAUUCACUAUGGUUCAAUGAUUGGAGCAGUUUACGACUCCUUCAUCACUGAACCAACUUCUAAGUAUACCGGGCUAAGCCGCUACGCCAGGAAAAACCUCCUUCAAGAGACUGGCCUUGACAAGGCAAAUCCUUUCAAGUACACUAUCACCAAGUACUUUUAUACUCCUUCAACUAAGUGCGGAGCCCAAGGAGGAUAUCAUGUCCGAUCAGUACGAGCAGACGCAGUGAUGAAAGAGUCAAAUUGGGGAGGAUAUGUUGCUGUUGCCACCGACAAAGGGAAGGAGGUUUUGGGACGGAGAGACAUUGUGGUGGUUUGGAGGGGAACGGAAACAAUGUCGGAGUUGAUUGAGGAUUUCAGAAUCGCCAUGGUCAAACCUCCCAUCAUCUUUGCCGAGGAUAAUGGUUCCCUCGUGCAUGAAGGUUGGUAUGAAAUGUAUACCUCUACCUAUCAAGAUUCACACCUCAACAGUAAGAGUGCCAGGGACCAGGUUCGAGAAGAGGUUUCGAGGCUACUUGAUGUGUACAAGAACGAGGAAGUGAGCAUAACUGUGACAGGGCACAGCCUGGGUUCAUCACUGGCAACACUAAAUGCAGUUGACCUAGCUGCCAAUCCACUCAAUAACUCCGAUAAUGUUCUCGUCACAGCAAUCAUGUUCGCAUGCCCCAAAGUGGGAAACGAGAGUUUCAAGAAUGCUUUUUCCCAGCUCAAAAACCUUCGAGCUCUGCGUGUCGUCAACCAACACGAUCUUGUGCCAAAGCUGCCAAUCUGGGCUUUUGAAGCCGGCACUAUUUUCCUCAAAUCCUACAUCGACGUGGGAGUCCAAUUCGAUAUAAACGCUUCAAAAUCAGACUAUGUAGCGCCUGAUAACUUUAACAUCUUAAAGUGGCAUGGUCUGAUAAUUUACCUGCAUGGAAUCGAUGGGUUUCAAGGACCACAGGGAGGAUUUAAACCACAAGGAUAUUUUGAUAUCCCUCAAGUCAACAAGCAUGGAGGCAUGCUGAAAGUUGAGAAAUGCCCGGUUCCAACCGAAUGGUGGAUUGAGAAGAACAAAGGAAUGGUUCAGAAAGAUGAUGGUACCUGGAUUCUUGAUGAUCACGAGGCGGACGAUGUUGUGUUUGCAUAAACCCUUCCAUGGUGGGUUAGUAUUGAUUUUAAUAAGGUAUGAAUAAAGUUUGUUUGUGUGUUGUUUAAGAAAGGGGACUAUAAUGUCACCUAUAAGUUGUUCAUCUACGUUGUGUAAUGUUGUUUUUCCUAUGUUCCAACGCUAUUAUUGGCGAACUUCCAUUGUACUGCUUUCUAUGAAUGAAUAAAGUGUUUGCUCGUGUGUUAUUAAAA